CCAAUACCAGUUGUCGGUAAUUUCCUCUUCUGACUGCAUGGUACCAAGAUUCCUUGUGGUUUCACAGCUAGGCUGUGCUUCCAGGUUAUCAUGGAUAAAGAAAAUGUACAAGAUCACAUCAAGCAGCUGCAAGAGCAGCGUAUGUCCAUGCAGAAGAAAACCUUCACCAACUGGAUAAACAAUGUUUUCUACAAUAACAAUGUGAACAUUGUGAUAGAAGACAUCUACACUGACUUGAAGGAUGGCAUUUACCUCUUACGAUUGCUGGAGCUGCUCUUUGGAGAAUCACUGCCUAAACCAAAUAGGGGCAAGAUGAGGGUACAUUUUCUGGAGAACAAUAGCAAAGCUAUCAUGUUCCUCAAAUCCAAGCAGGUGCAAGUAAAGGUGAUUGGGCCUGAGAACAUUGUAGAUGGGGACCGAAUUCUAAUCCUAGGAUUAAUCUGGAUCAUUAUCCUCCGGAUCCAGAUUUCUUCCAUCAAACUUGAUAAGGAGGAAUUUGGAGUCCGUGCUGACGUACUGUCUGCGAAUGAAGCCCUGCUAAUCUGGUGUCAGCAUAAGACUGCUAGCUACUCCAAUGUGAGCGUGAAGGACUUCUCCAGAAGCUGGUCUGACGGCCUGGCUUUCAAUGCUCUCAUUCACGUUCACAGACCUGAUCUCAUCCAGUACAGCUCAUUGCUGCGCGAGCAGCCCAUCAGGAACCUGAACAAUGCCUUCAGUGUGGCACAGAGGCACCUGGGGAUCACUAAGCUGCUGGAUGCUGAGGAUGUGGCAGUGCCUCACCCGGACGAGAGAUCCAUCAUGACCUAUGUGUCACUCUAUUACCACUACUUUUCAAGGCUGAAGCAGGACCAGACUUUCCAGAAAAGGCUCUUUAAAAUUCUGCUUUUGCUGAAGGAGAUAGAUGACUUGAAGUGUCAAUAUGAGCAGAUGACCUCCGAGCUGUUGAAAUGGAUUAAACAGAAAGUAAUAGAGUUGGACGAUCGCCACUUUCCCAACUCCAUACAGGACAUGCGGAUGCUCAUGGCCAACUUCAAGACCUACCGCACGGUAGAGAAGCCCCCUAAAUACCAAGAGAGGGGCAUGAUUGAAGCCCACUUCUUCCAGAUCAGAACCAAGCAGAGAGCCAACAACCAAUGGCCAUAUCUGCCCCCGGAAGGCAGGACCCUGCAAGAUGUGGAGAAGCACUGGGUCAUCCUGGAGAAAGCAGAGCACAGCCGGGGAGAAGCACUGCAGCAGGAGAUGAGGAGGCUGGAAAGCGUGGAACAGCUGGCCCAGAGGUUCCUGAAGAAAGCAGCCCUGCGUGAGUCAUACUUGGAGGACAUGAGGAAGGUGAUCAGGAAGCAGGACUUCCAGCCAGAGAGCGUGGAGAAGGUGGAGGCUGCCACUAAGAAACUCAAGGCUGUUGUGGCUGAUGUACUGCCCAGGGAGCAGCGCUUCAGAGCACUGGCUGACAUGGCGGCUCUCAUCGCCCGCGAGAACUAUCAUCACAAGAGCCAGAUCCUGAAGAAGCAAGAGGACAUAGCCCAACAAUGGCAGGAUCUACUGGAUCAGCUCCGGAUACAGGAACACACUCUGGGAGCAAUGCAAGAAAUUCAGGGCCUUCAGAGGGAAAUUGAUACCAUUACAGAGGAACUAAAAGAACUGCAGGUACUAGUGAAGUCUCAGGAUUAUGGAAAGCAGCUCUUGGACGUUGUGGAUUUGCUGCAGAAACACAAUUUGGUUGACUUCCAGCUCUCUUCCUAUGAUGCCAAAAUAAGGUACAUCACCCAGAGGUCAGAAGAGGUCACCAAGGGCAAAGCAAUCAAGUCAGAGGUGCUUCAUGCCAAAGUUCGGAUGCUCCAUCAGCUGUACCGAAACCUUGCAGUUCUCAGCAAAUCCCGACAAUCCCAGCUACAGGAAGCAUUGAAGCUUUUUGAGUUUUACCGUGAUUGUCAGGCAGAAGAGUCAUGGAUCUCUGAAAAAUGGCAGCUAGUGAGGACAGCGACAUUAGGACGAGACCUCAGUCAGAUUAAUGCCUCCAUUCAGAAGCACAAGGCACUAGAAAUUGAGUGUAACUCCCACAAGGCAAUUUGUUCCAAUGUGGUGAAGCAAGGCUGGGAGCUUUGUCAAAGGAACCACUCCAACCAGAGGGAUAUCCAGAUGCAGACAGAUAGCCUCCAGAAGCUGUGGCAACAGCUCGAAGAUGAAGUGGCCUAUCGUAAAAUCCGUCUACAGACAGCUGCUCUAAUCAAACAGUACUUUGCUGACAUUGAUGAAGCAGAGUCAUGGCUACGGGAGCGACUGCCCCUCGUAGCCAGCAAGGAUUAUGGGAAAGAUGAGUCCAGCACAGAAGCCUUGCUACACCGCCACCAGCGAUUGGAGAAGGAGAUCACAGCCUACUGCUUGGAGAUGAGGCGCCUGGAACAACAAGCCCAUGCUGUAGCAAAGCAGGCUCCAUCUGCAGUGAUGUCAGUGCCUAUGGUGAAGAGUCACGCCCAGAGCAGCCUAAACCAGAUGAUCACUAAACUACCAUCAAACCACAACAUGCAGUGGGGAGCCUCUGAAACUGGAUUUUCUAAUCCACCUGAUUCAGACCCUCACUUUGUUCCAGAGACCAUCUGGAGGACCCAGAAAGACAUUAACUUGCUUUAUGAGAACUUGCAGACCAUGGCUGAGCACAGAAAGAAAGGUCUGGAGGAGAUGAUCCAGUUGUACCGCUUCUACAGCUCCUGUGAAGAGUUUCAAUCUUGGAUGGAAGAUAAGGCAAAAAUUUUCCGGACCCUUCAGCCUGAAGCAGACAAUGUGGAGGUCACACAGCAGAAAUAUGAGAGCUUUCUAGUGGAAAUGGCUGCUGGGAAAAUCCAGCUGGGAGAGAUCAAAUGCCUAGCAGAUAAGUUUGUGAAGAGCAGUCCCAGCAAACAGAAUGAGAUCCAAGUCCACAUUAAAGAGAUCAGUAAGAGAUGGGAGCGCCUGGAAGCUUUGAAGGAGGAAAAGGGUUCUGAGCUGAUUGGAGUGGCUGAUGUGAGGAUGUUCCUCCAGAACUGCCAGAGUGCCAGAGGGCUACUACAAGAUAAGCUGGUCCAUCUUAAAGAUUGGGAACCUGGAAAGAUGCCUGCUGUACUGGAGGUAGACCAGCGUAAGCUGUCUGCCUUUGACAGGGAGAUCUUGGUGCUGGAAAGGAAAAUUGAAUACCUGAAGAGUGUGGCCAAAUCGAUUAAGGACACCAACCCCACAGAGAGCAGAGCCAUCACACAGCAAGUGGAGAACAUGGAGAAGCUGCUGGUCAUACUCAAGUCACAGAUGAAAGAGAAGGCGAUGAUGCUGGAGUUGGCACAAGGUCAACAGGCUUUCCUGCAGGACAGCCGCAGACUCCUGCUGUGGGCAGAUGGCAUCAGAGAGAAGCUGGGCAGUGAGGAGAUGGGCAUGGAUGUAGCUUCUGCAGAGCAGUUGCUGAAGGAGCAUCAGGAUCUGCUGAAGGAAAUUCGCACUCAGAAGGAAAGGUUUAUGCAGUUAGAAGAGCUGGGGCAGAAGGUAAUGCAUAGCCAGACCAGCAACAGGAACCAAGAUGUGCACCAGAUCAUGAAGAGGAUUACACAUGAAAGCAGUGAGCUGGAGGAGAUGUGGGCGCAACGGAAGAAGCAGCUCCAAGAUGGCUUGGAACUGCAGAAGUUCAAUAGAGAAGCUGAUCGCAUCAGUGCAACCCUCUCCAGCCAUGAGGCUUUUCUACGUGUAGAUGACCUUGGGGACCAUGUGGAUGCUGUUCACACCCUUCUCAAGCGGCAUGGGGAUUUUGAACAACUGUUAAUGGUGUUGAAGCAACGGACUGAAGCGAUGAAUGAGCAUGGGGAGAAGCUAGUGGAGAACAGGCACUUUGCCGCUUGCAUGAUCGAGGAGAGAAUGAUUGUGUUCUGGAACCGAUGGGAACAGCUGAGGCAGAGCAAUGAACAGAAGAAAGCCAAGCUGCUGGCAUCUCUUCAACUGCAGGAGUUCAACCAUGAUGUUGCUGAGCUGCUGAUAUGGAUGGAAGAGAAGUACAAGAUUGCAUCGGAUGAGUCCUAUCGUGACCCCACAAAUAUCUUGCGCAAACUGAAGUGGCAUGAGGCUGCUGAGAAGGAAAUGAUGGCAAACAAGAAGCACUUUGCAGAGCUGAUCAUGGUUGGAAAUCAGCUGAUUCAGGAUGACCACUAUGCUGCAGAUUCUAUCCGGGAUAAGAUGUCAGAGCUGAAGAAGAAGUGGGAGAAAUUGUACAACAAGAUGAUAGAGCGAGGAGACAAGCUGAGACAGGCUGGACAGCAAGAACAGCUCAUGGAAUUGCUCCAGGAUGCAAAAGAGAAGAUUGAAAAAAUUGAGAAGGUUCUUCGGGAUGCUGAGACAGGUCAUGACCUGCGCUCCAGUCGCGAUCUGCUCAAGCAGCACAGUCAACUGGAGAAGGAGACGGGGGAGCUGGCUGAGAAAAUGAAUUCCAUUGUGUCCCAUGCCAAGAAAAUGGCAACCAAUCACUUUGAUUCCCAGAACAUUCUGGAUGAGACACAGAAAUAUCUGGAAAGGUUUCAGUCUUUGCAGGUGCCUCUUGAUGAGAGGCACCAGCUGCUGCAGGCAGCAGUGGAUCUGUACCAGUUCUACCAUUACUACGACAUGGAGAUGAAUUGGAUCAGUGAACGACUGCUCAUUGCCAACUCCACCAGCUGUGGCAGGUCCUUGGAUAUGGCACAAAGCCUGCUACACAAACACAAGGAAUUACAGGCAGAAGUGAAUGCCCACAAACAGCAAGUUCAGAGGGUAUUGGAGAAGGGUGAGGCUAUGAUUGGGUGCAAGCACUCUGCAUUUCAGAGAAUAAAGGAGAAAUGCCAGGAGCUCAGCACCAGCUGGAUGGAGCUGGAGAAGGCAUGUGAAGAGAGGUUGAAACAGCUGCAGCACUCGGUUGCCUUCCAGCAGUUUUUACUGAAUACCUCAGACCUGGAGACUUGGGUAUCAGAAAAACUUCCAUCUGUGACCAGCAAAGACUAUGGGAAAGAUGAGGCUGCAACCCUGAAACUCAUCAAGAAACACAAGGCACUGGAACAAGAAAUGGAGGUUUACGAAAAUUUGGUGCUUGAACUGGGAACAGUUGCCAAAACUCUUCCUCUCCCCGGCUCCAUAAAGUUUGAUGAGGUUGAUGCCCCACAAGAACAAGUUCAUUCUAAGCUCCGAGAAUUAGUGGAGCUGACCACAGUAAGAGGGAAGAAGCUAGAUGAGACUCUUGGUCUGCAUGAGUAUCUGAGGGAGUAUGAGGACUUGCAGGACUGGAUCAGUCAACAGAGGCAGGUGGCCAGCUCUGAUGAUUAUGGCAGUAAUUAUGAGCAUGUCCUGCAUCUUUGUGCCAAAUAUGAUACCUUCCAGCACCAGAUAGAAAUGGCUGCGAAGAGAGUUGUCGCUUGCCAGCAGCUGGCAGAAACUUUGCUGGACCAUGGACAUUCUGAAUCCAGAGAAAUCCGGCAGAAGCAGAAGGAGCUACGGAACUCCUGGGAAGAGUUGUUGGAAAUAACCAGGUUACGAGGCAAGCGACUGAAGGAUGCUGAGGCAAUUCACAAGAGUCACCAAGACCUGACAGAUGCCCUCACCCACAUUGAGGAGAAAUCCAAGAGCAUCCCUGAUGACAUUGCUAAGGACAUGCGUGGCGUGCAGUCCCAGCUACGCAAACAUGCGGCCCUUGAACAUGAGCUCUUCGGGAAUGAGCAGCAGCUGCAGGAGCUGGUCGAUGCUGCAGAUGACGUGCUGGCCCGGUGUUCUGAGGGACAGGUGGCAGACCUGCAAGCGAAGCAGCAAGCAAUAGUGGAGAACUGGGGAUCCCUGAAGACUAAAGUGGAGCAGCGCAAGGAACAUUUGGAACGGGCCUGCAAGCUUUACCAAUUUCAAGCAGAUGUGUGGGAUUAUUUCUCCUGGACAACAGAGAUGAUGAGGGAAAUGAAGACUAAGGAGACAAUCCGGGAUAUAUCCAAUAGCAGUCUGAGGCUUACCCAACAUCAGCAGCUGUUGGCAGAAAUCGAGGCUCGAGAGGAGACAUACAAUCGGGUGGCACAGCUAGGACAGUUGCUACUGCAGGAUGAGAAAAUAUCAUCAAAAGAGAUCCAGCAAAAGUUGCAGGCUUUAUCGGAAGAAAAGAAUAAUGUGUACCAUCAAUGGGAGCAAAAGAAGGCAUGGUUGGAAAAGAUACACCAAGAACAAAUGUUCUACCGGGAUCAGGAUCAUUUGGAAAAGAUUCUGAUGUCUCAGGAGAUUUAUUUGAAAACCAGUGAUCUGGGAAACUCGGUAGAUGAGGUGGAAAGGCUGAUCAGGAAACAUGAUGCUUUUGAGAAGAUUCUGACCUCGCAGGAUGAAAAGGUGACAGCUCUUCAGGAACAGGCAAAGAGGCUACAAACGGAUAGUGGAUUGGAGGGGAUACAGAUCCAGCACAAACUGAACUCUGUACUUGAGAGGCGGAGUCGGAUCAAAGAUCUGUCUCAGAGUAGACGGGAGAAACUGCAGACCGCGCUCCUUCUCAUGCUCUUCUAUCAGAACCUAGCAGAGGCAGAGGAUUGGAUCAAUGAGCGCAUGCAAAAGUUGGAGGACCCUUCCAUCGGAGACUUCAACAACCUGCAGGACAAAAUGAAGCUGCUGCAGAAACAUCAGGUCUUUGAAGCUGAGAUUCUGGCUAAUGAGGAGAUCAUCACAGCUGUGAACAAGAAAGGGGAAGCCCUUGUGUCACGGAGCCACCCGAAAUCAGGGGAGAUCUGUCGUAGGACCCGUCUGCUGCAGGAGCACUGGGAGACGUUGAAGUGGGCUGUUGCUGCCCAUGGAAAGAAGCUGGAGGACAUUCGGGACUUCCUGGAGUUUCUGCAGAAAGUAAACCAAGUGGAAGCCUGGAUCAGGGAGAAGGAAGUGAUGAUUAAUAUUGGUGAUGUGGGGAAUGACUAUGAACACUGUGUGCAGCUCACGAAAAAGCUGAAUGAGUUCCAUGGAGCAGCAUCAGGGGAGAUGACAGUAGAUGAUGCUCACAUCAAAACUAUCAAUGCCCUAGCCAUGAAACUGGAGAGACAGAACAAGGGAGAGAUGAAGACAGUGUAUCAGCGCCGGAAGCAGCUUAAUGAAAAGUGGACCAGUUUCUAUGGUAACCUGAAUGCAUACAGAAGGAAGCUGGAGGGAGCCCUGGAGAUCCAUGCAUUAAUCAGAGAAAUCGAUGACAUCACAGAGAGAAUUAGUGAGAAGAGUGCAGUGAUACAAGCAUUGGACUAUGGGAAAGAUGUGGAGAGUGUGUCGAACCUGAUGCGAAGACAUGAGGAAAUGGAGAGGGAAAUCAGUGUCAUCAAGUCCAAAAUGGAGGGACUGGAGUUCGAAUCUUUCCGCCUUUGCAAGAGGAAUCCAUCCAUAAAUGACAAACUGAGUACAAAGCAAAGAGAGAUGAAAGAUAACUGGCUACGACUCCAAGGGCAGGCCAAACAAAGGAGGGAAAAGCUGGCAGCUUCCUACCAGCUACAGAAGUUUAACCUGGAUCUGAAAGAGCUCCUAGAUUGGACUCAAAAAAUCAGAGGCUUAAUGGCAGCAGGGGGCCUUCCUAAGAGCCCAGCUGAGGCAGACAGCAUGAUUGAAGAGCAUCACGAGAGAAAGGCAGAGAUUGAAACCCGAAUGGAAAGAUUCAACUCACUCAACAGCUUUGGUCAGAAACUUGCCAAUUCUGGUCACUAUGCAACUCCUGAGAUCCACCAAUCUCUCUCCAGAUUGCAACAAGCCUUAUCUGAACUGAUCCAGGCAUGGCAGGAGCAAUAUGUAAAACUCACUCAGGCCAAGGACUUACAGAAAUUCUUUGGCUAUGUGGAGCAGAACGAGAGCUGGCUCAGUAGCAAAGAGGCCUUCCUGGCCAAUGAGGAUUUAGGGGAUUCUGUGUCUAGUGUGGAGAGCCUGCAGCGGAAACACGUGCAGUUUGAAAAGGCUCUGGAAGCCCAGAUGGAGAAGAUCAAUGUGAUGGCCUCCUAUGCACAGCAACUGAGGCAGAACCAGCAUUACGAUUCGGAGAACAUCUCGAACAAGUGUCAGGCUGUUCUGAGGAGGAAAGACAAACUGCUGGAGAAGGCUCUGGCUCGCAGGCAUGUGCUGGAGGAAUCUAGGCUUUUGCAGAGGUUUCUGCAGAAUUCUUUUGAGGUGGCAGCUUGGAUAAAUGAGAAGAACAGUAUUGCUCUGGAUGAGAGCUGGAAGGACCCGAGCAACCUGCAGACCAAGCUACAGAAACACCAGACUUUCCACGCAGAGAUCAUGGCCAACAGAAAUCGCAUAGACAGCACCAAGGCUGAAGGAGAGAAGAUGUUGCAAGAAGGACAUUACGUUCCUGAGGCCAUUCAGUCCAGGCUGCAAGAAAUGAAAGAGCUCUGGGAUGAACUGCUGCAAAACUGCAAUGAAAAAAGGACCAAACUACAGGAUGCCUACAAGGCCCUGUGCUUCCAGAGGAGUGUGGAGGACAUAGAAAAAUGGCUGGGAGAAGUGGAAAGUGAGCUGAAGGCUCCAGACAAUAGCAGUGACCUGCUGGUUUUAAAUAGUCUCCUGAAGAAACAAGAGGAACUGGAGGAAGAUAUUGCUAGCCAUAGGAAUCGGCUACAAGUACUUGUGGACACAGCCCAGGAAUUCCAGAAAGAGAAGCAUUUCCUUGCAGAUGAGAUACAGGAGAGGGUCAAUCAGGUGGUGCGCAGGUACAAGCACCUAAGUGAGCCACUGCAGGAGAGGCGUGGGAGUUUGGAAGCAAGCAAGCUGCAGUACCAGUUUUUCCAGGAUGUUGAUGAUGAGUUGGCCUGGGUUCAUGAGAAGCUCCCCUUGGCUUCCUCCAAGGACUAUGGCCAGUCCCCAGCAACUGUCCAAAGUUUACAAGAAAAGCAUCAGAACCUGGAGAAUGAGAUUAGCAGCCAUGAUGCUCUUACAAAAGUAGUGAUCAGCACUGGGCAGAAGCUGGUGAGGGGCGGACACUUUGCCUCCCAUGAGAUCAUGGAACGUUUGAAGAAGCUGGGCACUUUGGUAGAAACCUUGAAAGCUGAGGCUCAAGAGAGGAGAAGAAGACUCAUGCAAUCAUAUGAGACCCAUCAAUUUCUCAGUGAGCUUGUGGAAGCAGAAUCCUGGAUGGCAGAGAGAGCGUUCAUCCUGGAGACAUCUGACUGCGGGAAGAAUGAAGAAUCCACCCAGGUGUCACUUCGUAAACUGGAGGCUACCAAGCUAGAUGUGGACGGAUUCAAGCCCCGAAUUGAGAAGCUUCAGGAGACUGGCACCAAACUAAUAAACAGCGACAACCCAGAGAGUUCAACCAUGCUCCUGAAGCUCCAGGCUGUCCUAGAAAACUUCAAGUCUCUGCUACAGAAAACCGAGACCCAGAGGAGAUGCCUGCAGGAACAGUACCAAUUGUACCAGUUUGAGAGAGAGAUCCAGUUAGUGGGUGACUGGCUUUCCAGCAGACAAGCUGUGGCGGAAUCAGAUGACUAUGGGCAAGACUUGGAAGAAGCUGAGAUACUAGAGACAAAGUUUGAAGAUUUUAUAAAGGAGAUGAAACCUCUAGGACAUACUAAGGUGUUCGCAAUAAAUGAAUUUGCAUCCCACCUGGAGAAAGAGUGCCACAGCCAGAUAGGAGAGAUCCAGAAGAGGACCCAUCAGGUCAAUGAUACAUGGGAGAGACUAUGCCAAGCCAUCCAAACAAGGACAGAGAAUUUAAGAGCAGCUUUGCAGGUUCACAAGUAUGACCAUGAUGUGGAUGAGCUAAAAGGGUGGAUGCAGGAGAAAGAGGCAGUGGUGGAUAUAGACGAUUAUGGAUAUGACCUGCCAGGUGUGCAAACCCUCCUAGGCCAGCAUGAAGGAGUGGAGAGAGACCUUGCAGCCAUUGUGAAAGAGCUGGAGCGGAUCCAAAAGGAGGCUCGGCGUCUCAGCCGGCUCUACCCUCAGGCCAGCGAGAACAUAAUGGAGAGACUCACAGAGGUGGAUGAAUGCUGGGAGAAACUGAACAGGAAGUCUCUGGAGAGGAAAGAGAGACUGAGACAGGCAGAACAGAUUCAGGUCUACUUCAAUGACUGCAGGGAGCUGAUGGUUUGGGCCAAUGAGAUGCAUGCACUGGUGAUCUCUGAGGAAAUAGCAAAUGAUGUUCUUGGCGCUGAGCUUCUAAUCAAGCAACAUGAAGAGUAUAAGCGUGAAAUAGAGAAGCAGUGGCUAAAAUACGAAGAUAUGCAGCGGACAGGCAACAACCUGGUGAAGAAUGGACACUUCAUGUCCAUGGAGAUUGAGGAAAAGCUGUCGGAGCUUUCGGAGCUGAUGCAGAAGGUGAGGGAGAGCUGGGAAGUGAGGAAAGAGCUGUAUGAGGAAAACUGGGAGAUCCAAUUACUACGGCGAGAGCUGGAGCAAGCAGAGGCAUGGCUGAAUGCCAAGGAGAGCUUUCUCUCAGAUCGCAGCUAUGGGGAUUCAGUGUCCGAUGUAGAGGAACUGCUAAAGAAACACCAGGACUUUGAAAAGAUACUUGCAGCCCAAGAGGAGAAGUUUGGGCAGCUGAACAGGAAGACAAAGAGGGAAAUGAAGCUACUGAAGCAGAUUGAUACUGAGAAGAAUGAGCAAAAGGAGAGAGGGAAAAUCAUGAGGGUCCCAUCUCUGAGAAGGAAGCCCUCAGACAGAAGGACGCCCUCCUCAAGGCUGAUAGAGAUAAAGAGAACCAGACCACUGCCACCUCUAUCUUCUUCACCCAGCCUCACCUUGAGGGGUCCCCUUGAAACUAUUGUCUCUCCAGUCCAAAAGUCCACAGAAGCAUUCCAGCAAUUUGGGAGCACAGAAAACCCAAAGAUAUUGCCUGGCACCAAUGAAAAAACAAAAACUGCGGAAAGGCUCAGUGAGAUUAACACUCCACCUACCCCAAAACUGAUGGGCCUGCAAGUCACUUCCCUAGGAAGCAACAUCCCUCCUCCCAGUCCAGUAAACAGACAGCCUGCCAGCAGCUUGUUAGAACCCUAUUCCAAAGAUCUCUUAUCACCCCAUGAGAAAAACCUGAGCAGUUGCCUCAUUUCUAACCCAGAAAUAAAAGUUGUGAAGACUCCACCUAGGUCUAGCCAAAGUUCCUUAGAUGAUUCUUCACAUUUACCACAAUCCACUUCCUCUCUUGACAGAUCUGAAAAGGACCCUUUGGCUUCUGUAAGUCAACAGACCAUGGAGGGGUUACUAGAAAAGAGGGACCAGCGCCUUCCAGAAAGGAAGCAGCCAAGGUCAAGGUCUUGGAACACCUAUUAUGUGAAACUCAACAAACAAAAACUUGACUUCUACAUUGAUGAAAAGGAAGCGUCCAAGAACUUAACCACAAUCCCAUCAAUCAGUGUUGCCGGUGCCAACUGUGAGAGGCUGACUAACUAUGCCAGGAAAGAGAACACCUUUAGUUUACGGUUGAUUGAUGGGGCAGAAUACUACUUUGCAGCACCUUCACAGAAGCUGAUGGAGGAAUGGAUAAGGGCAUUUAGAAGUGAUAUAGGCCACAAGCAAGAUCCUAAAGUAGAGGUGCAACCAGUCACCCCAAAUAUCAAAAACCCUGAGACAGGACCUUGGAGCUUCCCAGAUGGAGAGCCUGCUAAAAGACAAACCAGCGGAAGCUUGCUACCCAGGAAAACUCCUUCCUUCAAUGUCAGGCAAGAGAGAGAAGCGGAAAACAUUCCCAAAGAAUCAGAGGAAGACACUCUUGAGAUUAUGAAGAUAUCAACCUCCACCUCUGCCCGGGACCCUGCAAACAUGGGCGCCAAGGCUGAGGAUCAACAUGUGCAGACCAAGAACUUAGUGACACCACUGACCCAGAUGAAGGAAGAUCGGGCGACUGAGGGCAAGAAGGAGAAACACAAGAAAGAUAAGAAUGUCUUUCAAAAGUUUUUUACCAAAAAGUAAGAGCAGCACAUAGGCACUUGCACUCUUCUGUCGUCCGGAUGAGACAGCCUCUCCCCUCAUACCGCCUUAUUGCCAUGGAGUGCAGCUGGACAGUGAGCAAGUGAAAUGUGUACGGGGGAACGGAACACUUAGGCAUUAGGAACAGAAUCAGGACUGUCCCUGUUUUAACAAAUUGAACUUGGGUGGCUCCAUGUACCUGGUUCUACCAGGCCUAAUGCAGUCUGUUGUUGAAAUUGAAUGACUGAUGCUCAUGAAUGUGAAGAAAUAAUAGUUCUGUCUACUGUCUGGUGUGGCAAAUUGUGUCAUGAUGACUAAUGUCUACCAGGGACCAAGAUGAAAUACAACUGAAUUCAUAUCCACUUAUUAUGUAAGCUGCAGAUGGAUCCUAAAUCUCCACUGAGGAAACGCUAGUGCGCCCACCCCCACCCCCAUCCCUGCACUAUGUAGCCACCCAAUGUCUUAUUUUACCUCUAAGUUGUAAAAGAAAGGUGCUGCUGAUGCCCUUUUGUGCAGUUGUGACAGUUGAAAAGCACAGAGCUUGCCAUUAUUGUUGUAAGUAGCAUUCCGUGGAAUCACAGUUCAGAAGUAUAAGAACACAGAAUCACUUCAUGAAAUAACAUCAUUUCUGCAAUACUUUUAGCUGUCACUAUGGAAAGAGAGACAGGAAUAUUUUCUACCAAUAUCAGUCUUUCAGCUGUGGGUAGUAGGGUCCUUGCAGAGCUCCCCAGCAGCUGACAAAACUAUUCUAGCACUGCAGAACCCCGUGGGAUUCAAUUUAGUGUCUACUGCUCCUUCUAUACCCUCAGUUCCAGGAUUCUUUAUUUAUUAUGCAAAUAAUUUCAACAAUAAAAGGGAGAGGGGGCACCAGAUUUGAAUGGAAUAUAAGUAACUGUGAAACUAAAAUGAAUGACCUUCCUAAAAACGAGGUACACUUGUGUGUGCUGUAAGCCAAAUAAUCAUGUAAAAGUAAACAUUUUAGGAACUGUGUUUAGAUGGCAAUUUCUGGGGCUAAUUAAGAGGAGCUGUAUUCAUCCCCUUGCAACAGGCAAAUAAUGUAUAAAAAUGGAAUAUCUUAGGCUAUGUCUACGCAGCAGCGUUGUUUUGGAAUAACUGACAUUAUUCCGAAAUAACAUAGUGUGCAUCUACACUACAAGUCUUUAUUUGAAAUAAUGUCGAGCUGAAAGACUUCUUACUCGGACUCAUGGUAACCCUAAUUUCACAAAGAGUAAGGGAAGUCAAAGGAAGAGUGUUCUUCCUUCCACUUCCUGCUGCGUAGACAGCACCAAAAGCUGAGUUAAGCUAUUUUGACUUUAGCUGCGCAAUUGACGUAGCUGAAGUUGCGCAGCUUAAUUUGACUUUAGCUCUGCUGUAUAGAUAUACCCUUAGGUUUUUAUAUGGUGACCACCACCAUGAGAUGAAAGGGUGCAGAUGGUAAGGAAAUGUCAAUGUUACCUGAUAAAGCAUUACUGCAACUAUAUGCUAAUUCUUGUAAUCUAUCAGUACCCAGGUCCAAAGGCUUCUGUGUGUUUUAAUAAUAAAAUACAGACACAAAACUUGGGUCAAUCUAGCAAAGAAAAUUAAUGGAAAUUCUGUCUUUCUUUAAUUGUUAUUAACUGCAAAAUGUGUUCUAAUGAAACCUUAGAUUUUUUUAAUUGAUUCAUUUUGAAUGUUUUGUUCAGUCACUAGUAUAAAGUUUUCAUCAAAAUAUUUUCCUGCUUUUAUUUAAA